CGACAGCGAGGCUAGUAUUCCUGGGAUGCAGCCAUCUGCUUUCCGGUUGCAGAGUCCCUGCCAGCCUCCCCAAAAGAGGAGGGUAACUGCUGGUUGGUGGCUGCUGCAGCUGUGGCAGUUGGAGUAGCCUGGGUCUCACUGACUGAGAUCUCCUGCACAGAGCCCAUUUGCCUUAUUUGUCAGACAGAGCCCUCUCCUGACCCUGGGCCUUCACCAGCUCCUCCCGCCCCCCGAUUACCUCAUUGUGUCCCCCUUCCAGUUAUUGGUAAAUAACCUCUAUUUCUUCUUCAAGGAGCCUCUACACUAGGAUAAAUGUGACUUUGAUGGUAUGUCUUAGAUGCAUUCACAUAAUUGAAAUCUGUAGAGCUGCAACUUAAAGCUCAUUACACACAUUUACAAAAGUUUACUCCCUACAUUUAGCCUCAAGAUCUGGUGCAAAGUUUGGGAGAACAGUAUUACAAUCUUUAUUCACCUAGAACUCCUCAGCUAAGCUUUCUGUGGGGGAGAAUACUGCUUGCUAAACUUCUAAGAAGUGGGAAUAUAUAGUAGCUCCUUGAAGAAGAAAUAGAGGUUAUUUACCAAUAACUGGAGUUCUUUGAGAUGAGCUUGCCUCUACAAAGUCAUACUACCUGACCACCCACUUUCCUUUUCUGGAAUCAUGUCUCUUUGCUGGACUCUUAGGCUCAGGUCAAAGGAGCUGAGGCUGUAGGGGUGCCUCAACCACUUUUAUACUCUGGCUCCCAGAACAUUAGGAGCAGUGAGAGAAGCAGGCAGGUGCCACAAUGGGCACUGCUUUGAGAAGAUUCUGUUUGCUGCAUUGUUGCUACAUCUUCUAAAAGUGUAAAUGUGCGUAGAGGCUUGUCUCAAAGAACUCCAGUUACUGGAAGCAUUUUCUUUGAAUAAGAAGUCAUCCUCAAAAUAAUCUCAAACCAUACAAUGGCCUCAGCUGUAAUCAGUUCAGUUCCCACUACUGCAUCACGCUUUGCUCUAUUACAAGUGGAUAGUGGUAGUGGUUCUGAUUCAGAGACUGGAAAGGGAAGAAGUGGUCGAGGUGCUGGGAAGUCUCAAGCUUCAGGGGGAAAAUCAACUACAAAUGAGAAGAAGAAAGAAAAGAGGAGAAAAAAGAAGGAACAGCAGCAGAGCGAGGCUAAUGAGCUCCGAAAUCUUGCUUUUAAAAAGAUUCCUCAGAAAUCCUCCCAUGGAGGCUGUCUGUCUCAACAUGAACAAACCUUGCACAGCCCAGGGCAGAAAGACUCUCAGGAAGAAAAUUGGCAAGAGUGGAGACAAAGAGAUGAACAGCUGACAUCUGAAAUGUUUGAAGCAGAUCUUGAAAAGGCAUUACUGCUAAGCAAACUGGAAUAUGAAGAGCACAAAAAGGACUCUGAAAAUGCUUCACCUCCCUCAAAGUCGGUGAAUAAGAAAGAGAAAAGAAAGAACCAGCAGGGAAAAGACAAACCUCUCACAGUGUCUCUCAAAGACUUUCAGUCUGACAUUAAUAUAGAUCCCCUUGCUAAAAAACACGAGGAACUGAGCUCUUCCCAGACUUUAUUGCAUGAUGGAGGAUUCUUCAAUAGACUGGAAGAUGAUGUUCAUAAAAUACUUAUUAGAGAAAAAAGGAGAGACCAACUCACAGAUUACAAUGGAGUGGAUAACUGUACAUCUCAUGAACAUAGUCAGGAGGUUGUUUUGAAAGAUGGAAAAACAGAACGAUUAAAGUUGGAACUUGAAAAGAAAGAUACAGAAAUUCAGCAACUGAAAAGCAUCAUUAUUCAAUGGGAGGUGAAGUAUAAAGAAGUAAAAGCAAGAAAUGCACAGCUGUUGAAAAUGCUACAGGAAGGUGAAAUGAAAGACAAAGCAGAAAUACUUCUACAGGUUGAUGAAUCUCAGAGUAUCAAGAAUGAGUUGACCUUACAGGUGACUACACUUCAUGCUGCAUUAGAACAAGAAAGAUCUAAAGUGAAAUUAUUACAAGCAGAACUAACAAAAUAUCAGGGUGGGAGAAAAGGGAAAAGAAACUCCGAAUCUGACCAAUGCAGGUGAUUAUACUUGCCAUCAAGUUGAAAGCAAAAAAUCAAAUCUUGUGCUUCAGGGUUUUGCAGAAAUGUAUAUAUUUGUUGUACACUGCAAAGCUAUGCAGUUUUUUGGAAAGAAGCUAACAAUUACUAGUUUGACUGACAUUCUAAAUAGUUAAUUUGUUGCACUUUGUUAGUUUAAAGAAAAAAAGUAGAGAACUGUUUCAGCAGAGCUCAAACAUUGUUGCUGUUAAUGCCAUAAUUAGUUUUUCAUCAGUUAAUAAAAUUUACUCUUUCA